AUGCAAGACUUCAAAGAACGCAAGCUCGUCACCGACCCACAGAAGGCGUUUCACUUUACGGAUCUCCAGAGAUUAAAGCCAACGCGAGCCAAUGAUCCGUACGACUACCAGGCAGGAUGGGGAAACCGGCACCAGUCCGAGGUCAUUCCAGGCACAUUGCCUGUUGCGCAGAACAACCCCCAAGAAGUUCGAUUUGGACUUUACACUGAAGGCAUCACCUAUUCGGCGUUUGCAGCACCCCGGGCACACAACUUCAGCACAUACAUGUACCGCUGUAGACCGGCCGCUGCUCACCAGGGCUACGUUCCAAUCGAGUCAAAGUCAAAUAUCACAAACUGCUUCUUGUCUAUAAACCCCAAGGUUGAGACGCUUCCCGAGCAAGCAGAGUGGCGGCCAUUUCCGUUACCCAAGGAUGACGAGAAGAUCGACUUUGCGGAUGGCCUGCACACACUGUGUGGCAGCGGCGACCCCAACAUCAGAGAGGGCAUUGCACUCUAUGUCUACAUGAUCAACUCCAACAUGGAACGACGGGCAUUCUGCAACACUGACGGCGACUUCUUGAUCUGCGCGCAGCAGGGCAAUCUCGACAUCAAGACUGAGAUGGGAAAGAUUUUUCUGCAACCAGGAGAGAUUUGCGUCAUACAGCGAGGAAUCCGGUUCUGCCUCAACCUCGCCCCUGAUACAAAGGUAGCACGAGGCUACAUCACUGAGGUGUGGGGCUCUAUGUGGGAGCUUCCAGAUCUCGGACCCCUUGGUGGCCAUGGAAUGGCCAAUCCUCGUGACUUUUUGUACCCAGUGGCUGCCAUCGACGAUGAAUUGCAUGUGAGCUGGCAAAUCGUCAACAAGACGAACGGCCAGCUCGUAGCCAUUCAGCAGGACCACAGCCCUUUCGAUCUCGUGGCAUGGCAUGGCAACGUCGCCCCCUACAAAUACGACCUGACCAAGUUUUCGUCCCAGAACAGCACAUCGAUUGACCAUACGGACCCAUCAAUCUUCACAGUCCUCACCGCCAAAUCCCGCGACCCACUAACACCGUUGUGCGACUUUUUGUGGUUUGGCCCACGUUGGGACGUUGCAACAAACACCUUCCGACUACCAUACUUCCACCGCAACUCUGCCUCGGAAUUCCUGGCUUGCAUCUACGGGAAGGGUCUUGGCCGAAGCGACGAUUUCCAGCCUGGUGGCGGUAGCUUUGAGGGCAGCCAUACGCCUCAUGGAGGAUUCCACGAAGGGUACCAGCAUGGCAUGCGGAUCCACGAGAGUCAGCCUGAGAAGAUUCUGACUGACCAAUUGACCAUUAUGAUUGAAUCCAGCCGCCUCUUCCUCUUCACCGAGUACGCUCGCAAGGGCUGUGGCACAAUCGAUACACACGGCACAGACUACAAAGUCUGGGACAACCUUCCGGACCGAUUCUCCGCAAACAAGCGGGCACAGGAGCUCCUCGCUCGCAUCAAGGACGACAAGAUCGCCGAGAAGCAGAGACUGGCCCCCUACUACUUUGGCGGCUUCUCGCACGGCGCAAACACGAGUAAUACGGACGGUGUGCACCGGGAUGAGCUAGAGCCCUACUUGCGUGGACACGCCAAGACGAACGGGACACAUGGUAUCGACGCUCCGUGA